AUGUGUGCGGCUUAUCUGGUAAAUCGCCUGCCUGUGAUGCACAAGAAUGGUAUCAUUCCUUUUGCAAAAUACCACACGGAUAACACUGAGGUUCUAUCUCACAAGAACCUGCGUACAUUUGGUUGUGCCGCGUAUGCUAGCGCUCCUAAAGUCAAUCGUGAUGGGAAGCUAGCCCCGACAACCAUAUCAGGUGUGAUGGUGGGAUAUGCUGAGAAUUGGAAAGCAUACAGAAUAUACCAUCCACAGGACAAUAAGACCCAUGAAUCCAACCAGGUGUCCUUUGAUGAGACGGUAUUUCCGUUAUGGAAUCCUGUGGCCAGUCAUAAUGCAUACGACUCGGCUACAAGUGCUACCAAAGACAUUCCCCAUUAUGUCCCUAGCGGUGGACGUGAUGCAGCAACGAUGUCUCCAGUAUCGUUUCGUCCACUUGAUUUGAAUAAGGGUGUUACUGCAACCGGGCCAGAAGUGAAAGCCCCGGUCACCAUUUCGAAAUCAAUGGAGGCUACUUCGGAUACAAAAGAAGUAGCAAUGUUGGAUGUGCAGUCGAACGCAUCAGAGAAACGGGUAUUGAAACCGCAGCAAGCGCCGAUGGGCGACUACGGUGGAAUCUUGCGUGAGAUUCAGCAGACUCAGCAGACUCAGCAGGCUCUUCUUGAGUCAAUUAUGAACGGGGAGGUACGUUUACUUGCCCCUGAUACAGCGGGUGGAGACUUCACUGUCUAA